AUGGUAAAUGGUGCUUGUUCUAGUCACAGCGCUAAGGAUGAACUUAAUAAAAGCAGGGUCACGCAAAAUGGUGAGAAGGGAAAAAUCAAAGCAGAUCCUAAUGUAUCAGAUGCAACUGGUCUGAGAAGGUCUGCUAGAGAGACAUCAUCAAAGAGGAUAAUUCCUAGUCCUUCAAGCAAUCCUAAGUCUGGGCGACUUGAAAAGAGAGCACCUCCAACUCCUGUUGAUAACAAGAAAUCUGAGUGUUUUGAAAAAGAGAACAUGCCAACUCCUUUGAGAAGAUCUGGAAGGACUAGGAGUUACACUUCUACUAGUCAUUCAGAUUAUAAAAGCUCAGUUUCAUUGACUUCAAACCCUAAGCCAAAGAAAGAGAAGAGUGUGAAGCAGUUGACAUUUGAAGCUAAGGAAGUAAGUGAAAAUGAGGAACAAGAUCCAGGAACACCACAGUUUAAAAUAAAGAGAAUGACUGCACUUAUGUACCGGUCUCUCUUUGAAUUAUCAAAGAAAGAGCCUAAUAAGAUUGACAAGUCAAAUCAAGGUGGCAACAAUGAUGGUGGCAAGAUUGAUGAGUGCUUUGAAGGCAGUCAUUCUGAUUGUGGUGAAGAAAUCUCCAAAAAUGAUGAACUACCAUCUAAAGACAACAAGUUAAAAGAGAUGAGAGUUGACUCUGGGUUGAAUGGGCCUGUGAACGAUUUGGUACAAAAUACCAUAACUCUAGGUUCAUUGGCACCAUCAAAUGCUGCAACUUAUGAGGCAGGUUUGGCACCACGAAGAAUAUUAGAUGAAGAUGAUUUAAUAAGGAACUUUGUUGGGGACAAUAGAGGUGAAAAAUCGAUACCUUCUAAAAGCAAGGAAAUAACUGUGGAUUUGGAUUCAAAUAUUUCGGCCACAUUGGUGAAGGGUGACAAUUGUAACUUGAUUUCUGAUUCUAGUAGCCCAUCAAGGAUCAGUGGCAAAAUUAUGGGGACUGACAGUCAAUCUAGUGCCACAAUUUUUGAGACUGGUUUGGUAUCUGAAAGGCUUAUGCCUGAUUACUGCAGGGAGGAAACACUACAGGUGUUAGUGUCGCACAAUUCCAUAUUGGAUGAAGACUUAAACAAGAAUAAUGCUGGCUAUGAUAGUAGUGGUGACAAAUUGGUACCUUCUAAGAGAAAGGGAAUUAUGGUGGACAUGGAUGUAGAUGUUUCUGCAACAUUGGCGGGUAGCAAGUGCAACUUGGUUCCUGAUUGUAGUAGCCCUUCAGGGCUUUGUGGCAAUAUAAUGGGAACUGAAGGUUCACAUUCCAAGCGGACAAGGUUGGAUUGUCAGCCUACAGUCAGUGAGUCUUGUAACCCUUCUACAACUGAGGUUGGUUGGGUCCUUUGUUCCACAUCGUUGAUUGAAGAUAGAGAUUACAUUGUUGCAAGCAUGCAUCAGAAGAAUGCCCAAAUUGAUAAUGAAAAAGAAGCUGGUUUAUUAAGUAAUUCCAUUAAUAGUGUUCCUCAAUCAAAGGAAAGGUUGUCAAGUCAUAAUACAUACAGAUGCAAGUCUGACUCCUAUAAGUUUGUUGAGUAUUGGGUUCCUGUACAAAUAUCUAAUCUGCAGCUUGAACAGUAUUGUUCUAUUUUACUUUCAAAUGCUUCAAUUCUGCGCUCCUCAUCAAAGGUUGAUAGCGUUGAGGCUGUUCAUGAUGUUCUUAUUUUAACCCGAAAGUGUUGUAGUCAUCCCUACCUUGUUGGCCCAGAACUGCAACCUUCUCUUAACAAGGGUCUCGGACCAGUUGAGUAUCUUGAUUUUGAUUUAAAAGCAAGUGGCAAGUUGCAACUUCUUGAUUCAAUGCUUGAGGAGUUGAGAAAAAAUGAUUUCCGGGUGCUCAUUAUUUUUCAGGAGUACUUGCCAUGGUUGGUCUCAUUUGCUUCUGAAGCCCCCAUGCUAGCAUUGGCACCAUCUAUGACUUCUAUUGGAGGUUCUGCAAGAAUUGUAGGAAAUUAUUUGGAAGACCUAGUUCGACAAAGAUUUGGUCCAGAUUCAUAUGAACGGGUUGAUAAAAAUCUUCAGCCUUCCAAGAGGCAAGCUGCCAUGAAGAAAUUUAACGACAAGAACAACAGACGAUUUGUGUUUUUGUUAGAGACAGCUGCUUGCCUUCCAAGCAUCAAAUUGUCGUCUGUUGAUUCUAUUAUUAUAUUUGAUAGUGAUUGGAACCCAAUGAAUGAUAUAAGAUUCCUUCAGAAAAUAACGCUUGAUUCCCAGUUUGAAUUUAUAAAAAUAUUCCGUUUAUAUUCAUCUUUUACUGUUGAAGAAAAAGCCUUGAUACUUGCGAAGCAAUGUAAGUCACUUGACUUCAAUUUACAAAACAUAAACUGGAGUACCAGUCAUAUGCUGUUGAUGUGGGGUGCUGCUUGUCUAUUCGAUGAACUGAAAGCUUUUCAUGAUGGUGAAACUUCUGCAUCAAAUGUGAAAUUCUUGUUUGGGCGACCAUUGCUAAAAGAAACAAUGCAUGAGUUCUCUGGCAUAAUAUCUCAGGAUGGAGAACAUAUUAAUCCAUGCAACAGUUCAAUCUUAUUGAAAGUACAGCAUAAUGGGGCAACAUACCAAGGAAGUUUUCCUUUGCUUGGUGAGCUAAACUGUAGGUUACAGGAUCAAGAGGCAUCCCAAAUUUUUUGGACAAAACUUUUGGAUGGAAAACAGUGUCAGUGGAAGUACUUAAAUAAUUCAUCUCAGCGGAGCCGGAAGAAAGUUCAUCAUUUUGAUGUUUCAGACAAUGGGUCUAAUCUUGUAAGUGAAGGAGCAGUAAAGAAGCGGAGAAAAGUUAGCCACAAUAUUGUUGAUCAGCCUUCUUUAAAACCUGAAGAUGAAAAUUUAUUUACUGGAAUCAAGGCAGAUAAAUCUCAAGGGAAUAAUGUUGAUUCUGAGUAUAAAACCAGACUGCACGACAAGCCGAGUAGCUUACAUCUUUUGCUGAAGCCAGAGAUCAUAAAGCUUUGUGAUUUCCUUCUUCUUCCGGAUAACGUGAAGAGCAUGAUGGAUAAUUUCCUUGAAUAUGUUGUGAAAAACCACGAUAUCAAUAGGGAACCGUUUUCAAUGUUACAGGCUUUUCAAUUAUCUCUGUGUUGGAUUGCAGCUUCUUUGCUAAAGCACAAACUUGACCCCAUUGCUUCUCUUAUACAAGAUUUGAACUUUGAGUGUAAGAAAGAAGAGGUGGACUACAUUUAUUCUAUGUUGCGUUGUUUGAAGAAAAUAUUUUUACAUCGUACCGGAAAUUAUUGUGAUACUGAUUCUCCAAAAGCAUCUGAACCAUCAAAUGGGGCAUAUUCCUGUACAGGAGUAGAACGAGAGGUUGGAUUGUUCAAAAAAGACAUGUCUAAAAGUAUCAAAGAAAUUCAGAAGAAAUGCGAAAAGAAGCUCAAGAAGCUAUGCCUUUUGCAAGAGGAAGAGAAGGAAAGAUUAAAAGCAGAAAUUGAGGAAGAAGAGGCUAAAUUUGUGAUGGGGCACAAAAUAAAGUCAGCGAUGAUUCGAUCCUGCUCUCCCAAUGAUGUUACAAGAAUGGAAAAGCUCAGGAUUUUAAAUAUUCAAUACGAAAAAGGAAUUGAAGAACUGAAAUGUCAGCAUGAAACACAACUCAAGGAUCUUGAGGACCAGCAAUCAGCUGAGAAGCAGAAGUUUCGAGAUAAGGAGACUGCUUGGGUAGAAGAUGUCAAAUCUUGGGCACAAAAUGAACUUUUAAAAAUAAUUGCUUCAAAGGAACAUGGGAAUGGGGUUGAAUCCUUCCAGACUUGUGAUCAAGCACAGCCUUACAAUGGUCUAAAGCAUAAUUUUGCAGAAGUAAAUGGUCAUGAUAAUAAGGCUAAGGCCAUGACAGAGACUGGGACUGAGGAUUUACCUUUAUCUGAUACAAGAAUUGCUAACAGGGCCACUGUAAGUUUGUUGGAUAGAGAGGAACUUUUAGGACUGCCUGGGAUUAUCAAUAUUUCAGAUUCUCCAGAAAACGAUACUGCUGCAAAUCCUCCUUCUUCCAUGGAACAAGAAUCUGAUGGAGAUAUCGUGAAUGAAUCUUCAUAUAGAGAAUUAAGACCGAGUAAUGGUCCUGAUAACAACACACUUUCGAGACCUUGGGACCUAAUCUCUGGAGACCCAUCAAGCAUACUUAAUGGACAUAUUCCAGAUGAAGAACAAGAACCCAGUAAUGAACUUGACACGGUCUGUAUACUGGAAAGAGAUGUACCUCUGGAAACAGGUGAGAAGGUCAAUUUUACUGAUUGUCCACAGAAUGCAUCUCCUUUGAAUCCCCCGACGUCUAUCUCUCAAAUGUCUGAUGUAGGUCAACCAGAGGUCCCAGGUUUAGAUAGAGUUUUAUCACCAAGGACUUGUCAAGCUGCUAGUUCAAGUGAUGAAGGUCCAAAUGCGAUGUCAAUUUCAAAUCUACUUCUGGAGCAACAACCUACUGAUGGAAUCCCUUUGAAUACUCCAGCAGCGGCUGAUUGUCAUGAUGAUAUAGAGCAUUUAACAAAUGCCGUGUUGGUGGAUAAAAGGACCUCAUCAGAAAAGCAGGAAGGAGCACCUAAACCCAUGGCAGAAUUGUCCCGAGAGUCUCCAGUAUCCAGAACAGUUAAUGUCAUGGAUCCUCCAGAACAAGUGGAGCAAUUAUCUGUAGGAUCCACCCCUGACCAUGAUACAUGUCAGGAGUUGCAGCAUUCUUCCCAACAACCUGAACUGGUAUCUAGUACAGUUGAUGUUGUGCCAGCCUCCAAUCAGGUUUCACUGAUUGUGAAGCCUGUAAAUCAGGUGCAACAAUUACCAUCUGCAGAGCUCCCUUCUUCCCACCUGAAUUCAACUAAUUUUCCUUUGGCCACUGAAUUUGAACAUCAGCUAACUGUGGUUCCUAAUCAAGACAUGCAAUCUAACUCAAACUUAGUACGUUAUUCACAUUCACCUGAAGUUGUGCACCCUGCCUCAAAUCCAGACCCUAAUACAGUUAUACCUAGUGAAGUAAGAAUACCUGCGAACGCAAUAAAUUCGUCAAGUCCUUUGGAGAUCAAUUAUCAACAUAUGCAAGCUGAAACUCAUUCAGCUUCCAGAAUUAUGCAUUUGAGCUAUGAUCCAUUAAAAAUUGAAUUGGAUAGAAUACAAAAAGUAACAGAUCAAACCAUGAAAAGCUAUGGAGAAAAGUUGCAAACUGAAUUUGAAAAGGAAUUAGAGGAACUCCGCAGGAAGUACGAAAUUAAAAUUCAAGGAAUAGAAGCUGAAUUCGAACAAAGAAAGACUACUCUGGAUACGAGUCUUAAUGUAGUUCGUAUGAAUAAGUUUUUGGCAGAUGCUUUUAGGACUAAAUGCUCAACUGUUAAACCAUCAUCUACAUCAGGAACGCAGCAAGAUUCAAGUUUUUCACAGCAGCAAUUGCUUCAGCCUUCAAGACAACAAAAUGCUAGUCGGCCAUCCCUGGUCGCUGGUUCUUCCUGUGGUCGCUCUGCGACCAAUCGGCAGAGUCCCUCCACAACGGCUAGCUCUCAGCUUAUGGUACCACCUAUACGGGGUGGUUACAGUACUUCAGGAUUUCCCUCCAAUGUGUCUGCAAGAUCACCAAUUAUCAACACCAUCUCUUUGCCAGUAGGAAAUCUUCAACCUGGUGGUCAGAUACGCGCCCCUGCACCGCAUCUCCAGCCAUAUCGACCAUGA